AAAAUAAAAAUAUAACGAAGAAACGAGGAAAAAGUUCUAUAGCCUUCUUGAUCCACGAAAACUCUCGUCGCCGAAGCUAUGAUCGUAUAUCAGCUAUGGGAUUACCAAGCAUAGGAAGAUCAGCACAGGUUAUCAAUGCUACUUGCAGCUGACUUUUGCCUUCUAUUUUGAGUUUUUCGAUGGGUUCUAUUGUUUAUCUAAGAUUAAUUGUUGUUACUGGAAGGGAUAUUAUUGCUCCCGGGCAGGAUUUAUAAAUUGAUUCUUUUGGUCGAGAUCUGAUGUGUUUGUUUUGUAAGAUUUGUGGGUAGUUACUCUCUUCCCUGGUUGUGAUGGUUGGGACAAUAAUUAGUUCCCAAUCAAUAAAAACCAGAAUGCAGUUAAAUCGCUGAACCUAAAAUCCACUCUUGCCAAAGCAGAAAAGAAUUCCAAUGACACGGAAGGGAAUAAAAAAUAAAUCAAUGGCUACCCAAAAGCUAUUAUUUUUUGUCGGGUUUCUGGUAAUGGCUGCAAUCUUCAUUUACUCGUACUCCCAGCCAAAAUUACAACUCUCUUUGCCCCAAAAAGGAAACCCAAAUGCAUCGCAGAGAACACUAUUACAUUCAAAGCCUAAAAUUGGCAGAGACGUGUUAAGCAAGAAUUUCAGAUUGGUUAUUAAAGUUCUUGCCUACAAUAGGUUGGAAUCGGUGUCUAGAUGCUUAGAGUCCCUGGCCAAGGCUGAUUAUGAUAAAGACAGUGUGAAGCUUCACAUUUUCGUUGACCACUUUGGGAUUGAAGAGCAGGGGAAAAGUGCUGUGCCAAUUGAUGUUGAUAGUAAGCUCAGUAAUGCUCACCAGAUUUUACGGUAUGUUGAUGAUUUUGAUUGGGAACAUGGUGAAAAAGAAAUUCAUUACAGAACCCAUAAUGCAGGACUGCAGGCUCAAUGGUUGGAGGCUUGGUGGCCAUCCUCGGAUGACGAGUUUGCAUUUAUUGUGGAGGAUGAUAUGGUCUUGUCUCCACUGUUCUACAUAUAUUUGAGAGCUCUUAUUGCAACUUAUUAUUAUAAUCCAGAGAACUAUAGUCCCAUGAUUUAUGGAGCCUCUCUUCAGCGACCUAGAUUUGUUGGAGGUAAACAUGGAAACAAAUUAAAAGUGGAUGAUCAUACUCGGCUAUUUUUGUAUCAGAUGGUAGGCACAUGGGGCCAGCUUCUUUUCCCAAAACCUUGGAAAGAAUUUCGUCUUUGGUAUGAUAUGCACAAAAGCAAAGGGAUUAAGCCUAUUUUACAAGGUAUGGUGACAAAUGGUUGGUACAAGAGAAUGAGGGAAAAGAUCUGGACACCCUGGUUUAUUAAAUUCAUUCAUACUCGUGGAUACUACAAUCUGUACACUAACUUAUUACUUGAAAGAGCAUUGAGUGUUUCUUACAGGGAUGCUGGUGUAAACUAUGGUAAGAAGGUUGGGCCUGAUUCUCAGUUAAUUAAUUCAAGUGAUAUACCGGACAUUAACCUAUGGGAAAUGAAACCUUUGAAACUUAUCAACUGGUAUGAUUUCUGCUUUCAGAAAGUGCUUGUGCAUAGACUUGUGAAAAAGCUUGAUGAAUUAGAAACAGUUCUAUCAUCCGUUCAUGAGCAGAAGAGGGUAGUUCUUGUUAGUUUGUUUAGAAUACCAGAUGCUAUUGUAAGGAAUCUUUUAUGUCAGUUCAAGAAGUCAAGCAUCCGAAAUUAUAUUCUUCUGGGAGAAAAAACUAAUUUGUUAGAAGAUUUGGCUAGGAGGGGACAUGCAACCAUAGAUGCAGAUCAACUGCUAGAUGAUAUGACUAGAGUGGGUUUAGUGGAUCAGAAAUUUUCCAAAGUUCCAGAUUUCAUGGAGGCUCUGGUUUAUGCACAUAUAAUAAAGAAAUCACUCCUACUUAAUUAUAGCAUCUGGUUAACAAAAGCGAAUAUAAUUCCUACAGAAGCUAUUUUUUCUUCUGAAAGUUACCUCAAGAAUGAUGCAAUUCUUUUGGAGACAGACCAACAGCUGAGGACAGAGCUAUUGUACUUGAAAAGUUCAGAAGCAACAAUACAGUUGAUGAGUAAUGUAUUGGUAAAACUGACAGAAAAAACUACAUCUUCUGUCAUUGGUGACCUUCCUGAAGGUGAAGAUAUUUUUGGUUUUCAAGUUAGAUCUGCCAUUACAAGAUUCAAUUUUAGGAUCAAGUUAAUUGAUGCAAGUUUAAUGACACAUGUUGGUAGUUAUACAAGUAAUUCUUCUUCCAAAACAUCCUCUGAACCAGUAGCAAAGGUUUUAUUUUGGCCUCCAAAUAAAGACACAGAUUAUGUAAAGGAACGAUUGACAGCCCUUGAUAUGUGGUUGAUCGAUGAUGAACUUUCUUGCACAUCAAUCAUUUGCCACCAGUCCUAAUCCCAAACUAAAUUCAUUGGUGUACAGAAGAAUUAAUGAACUGGGAUGUAAUAUUAUGUUGCAAGCAUGCAUGCAAAUAAGCUGCCUUCGUUGAGUUUUACAGACGUGCUUCUAAAUUCUAUCCAUCUUGUUUCAAUUUGAAAAUAUUUAAGUCAGCUUCUUCUACAAGAUGGAAGGAAAGAUUUUUGUGGACUCUGCAGUUUGUUUUCUUCAAUUUUAUUUGCUUAACACAUAACAUUAUUGUCCUUCUGUAGAAUAAAAUGUAUGCCAUCAGCCCCCUAUCAUUGAAGUUGUUAAGGAUUUCUAUAUUUGAACUGCCCAUUUCAAGUUCUCAAAAGUUUCGUAUGAGGCUUUUAAUCUGGCACUCCUUGGCAAUUGCAUUUUUUGACCUUAAUAGGCAGACAUGAAUAUGAGUGAAACUGAUCAUUUAAAUUAACCAGGGCAUAGUCAAGUAUGAUUCCCUCAUUGAUGGUAAGAAUAUCAUAGCUUGAGCAAACCAGCAAGUGAGAAAAGGAAGUGCUUGAAACAUGCACAGCUAGAGGAAAUGUUCCUGUUGGUUCAUGUCAGGCUUCCAAUAUGAGUGCAUUUAAAGGGAAUACUUCUGAUUUAAAAUAUUGACCUAUUAGCUUUGUAAAUUAUGUUGAGUAGUUGGAGUAUUUGUACUGAUUCUAAGUGACAUUUUUGAACGAUUAUUGUAAAGAAUUGAAAAAAUUACAUAAAUUUGAAGGUUGUCUCGCAAA